AAGACAUAUACUGCCCACAAAUAUUAAUAAAGCAACGCGCUUGGUUGCUGGCGGCUCACACCCCAGCCUCUCAGCCCCACCCCUGUGGAGCACUGAGAGCCCUCAACCCAAAGAUGCUCGUUGCUCGUUGCUCGUUUGAGAAGUCGAAAGGUUUAUCCAGGAGACGGAAAAGCCGGAAAAAGAUACGAGAAAUGCCUGCAAAGAAAAAACUUGAAGGCAAAGCUAAAGCCGGGAGUAUACUGGGGGAUACAGGAUCUGUGGCAACCGCGACUAUGGUUCGGCGCCAAAUGCCGCCGCGCGCCUGCAAGAGCAAGAGCCAGAGCGCCGCCAGGCCCAGUCUUAGUCCCAGCCGCCUGGCCAAGAAGCCCAGCCUGACGCCGACCACCGGUUCUCAGGCGCCAUCGCAGACCAUCGCAAAGUCGAGGCCCACCGGUCUCGAGACGAUUUUUGAACGGCCCGGCAAUGAGGACGACGGGCCCACCAGCAGCCAUGCCGUGGCAUUCGGCGAGUGUCAGCGCCGCGUCCUCGCCCUGGGUACAUAAUGACACUGCGGGCGUCCCGCACUACUUUGGACAGCGUAAUGCUCGGGGGCUCGGACGAUGAAGGCGAGUCGGUCGGAGUCGCUCCCGCAGUCGCUCCCGUAGCUGCUCCCGAAGUCGUUCCCGCUGGAGGAAAUGCCGGUACAAAUCAGCCGGCACCAUUCGUGCUGCGCACCAGCAGGAGGCUCAAGAGUCUGCCUCCGUUUUAGAUUUUUGCACCUU